AUGGACGAACCUACUCUCAAAUACAUAAAGGGCUACUUCCUUGACGACUUGGCAAGGCACCCAUUUUCCCAACCACAAAACCGACAGACCGGGCCUAUCACCAACAGCCUCCAUACUACCCAACAGGGCUAUCCGCAGCAGCAGCAGCAAUCAGAGCAGCAAUACCCUCUGCAAGGAUAUCCCCCGCAAAGGCGGCUACGCUCCUCCACCCGGCGGCGCACCACAACACCCAUACAGCGCUCCACCUCAGUAUGGGAUAUCCCCAACAGCAGCAGGGCUUUCCGGAACAGCAGCCCUAUAGAAUAUAGCGCUCCGUACGGUGCUGGUCUGCCACAGCAAGGGUACCCGCAACAGUACCCGCAAGGAUAUCCCCAGCAGCAGCAUUAUCCACCGCAGGGCUACCCACAGCGGCCAGGAUACGGCACACUGCCGCCCCAGCAGGGAUAUGGAACGCAGGCCCCUGUGCUGUCGUACUAUGCGACGGGGUCCCCGGCUUUGUCGGCUCAGGAGCUGGGGAGGGAUGUUUAG